AUGGGUGGACACAAUAGACGGCGGCAUCAUAGUGGGAAUUACGGAAUUUGCACAGGACCAGCUUGGCGAUGUGGUCUCUGUCGAACUGCCCGAGGUCGGGGUCUCUUACAGGCAGAAUGA